UGAAUUUAUGAAUUAUAUAGCGAUAGGAUGAACUCGAAUAACCAGCGAAAUGGGUGAAAACACAAAAAGCAUUAGUCCAUUAGGUAGACUACGGCCUACUUAAGAACGUAACCCAAUGUUGACAUGAAAAUGGAACGUCAACUUCACAAGAGGCUUAAAAAUAAAAAAUAAUAGGACAUAAUCCUACAAAAAAUGGAAGAGGAAGAAGAAUAGAAUUAUAUAGAUUAAUUUUUAAUAAUGUCAGUCGUUUGUUCUGAUUUGAAUUACAUCUUAUAUAAUAUAUUAGACUCACAUGCAUUAUGCAAAAUCAUAAGAUGCGCAGAAAUCAUUACUUCUGCUACUGACUUUUAUUAUACGACACAAGUCUAGAUAGCGCCACAUGCAUAAAAAACAAACUUUACUAAUACGCGACGAAAUAUUAUAAAAUGGAAUUAUUCGCCGAUUUUAAAUACAGUGUUCAUUUAUGUAUUGCAGAUAUUUACCAAUAACUAUGACUGCGGUAAAUUUAAAUCGACAAUGAGUAAUGAUAUUUGUUUUUCAAACAAAUACGAAAGGAUUUUUUAUUUUCUUAUGUGGACUGGUGGAGUUGCUUAUUCAAUUUAUAACGUUUAUUUAACGAAUAUCUAUUUUGUGGAUUAUUAUGAUUUAUAUUUUGAUUUUGUGCCUGGAUGGUCAUGGAUUGGGAAAAAGCAAGAUGUUUCUGAUCAAGAGUGGAGAACAUGGAUUCCCUUAAUGAUUACUUUAAUACCUUGGAUAUUUAUACAUCAUUUAGUUAGUCAAAUCAUUAAAAAUGUAUUCAACAAAGUGUUAUUAUGCUGCUGGUAUACCUCGGUAUCUAUCUCUUUUUUGUGCUAUUAUAUUGGAACAGUGGGCAUGUUCUGUAUAUUGGUACAAUCAUCUGUACUAUAUUUAUUAAAUUACAUUAAUAACAAGAAGAUUAUUUGGCUAAUACAUGUAUUAUUUCUAUUUAUAAUACAUAUUUUUAAAAUGCCAGAUGGUAUUUUUUACAAAUGGUUACAAUAUAAUGAUAAUAAGCAUUACCUUUUAAUGCUUGCAAUGUGUUGGAUUCAAUUGAGAUCUAUCAGUCAAAAUAUGGAUAAUUUUAAGAUUCAUUAUGAUAGAGAUUACACAUAUUUUUUCAAUAAUUAUCUUCAAAUGUUGGCAUAUUGUUUAUAUUUACCUACUCUUUUUUUGGGUCCAUUAAUCUUAUAUCAUGAAUUUUUCAAUUCAUUGAAUAAAUCACCAUCGAGAUGGAGUGUCAUGAAAGUGCAGACAAUAAUUAUUAAUCUAAUUAGAUAUACCUUUUGGUUAUAUUUUACUGAAUUUUCACUGCACUUCAUUUAUGUUAAUGUACUUCAAUAUCAUCCACAGAUUGUACAAAAUUUAAAUUCAUGGGCUCUAUAUGGUCUAGGAUAUUGUAUGGGACAAUUUUUUUUGAAUAAGUAUGUUAUUGUUUAUGGAACUAACAAAGUUUUAUGUGAAGCAGAUGACAUAAAAGCUCCUUUGCCACCUAAAUGUAUUGGCAGAAUUCACUUAUAUUCAGAUAUGUGGAAAUACUUUGAUAGGGGCUUAUAUAAAUUUCUUAUUAGGUACAUUUAUAUACCUGUUGUGAAAUCAAAGGACUAUCAUAGAAAGUUGUUUGCUUCUUUUUUAUGUUUUACAUUUGUCUUUUUAUGGCAUGGAAUGCAAACAAAUAUUUUUACAUGGGCACUUUUGAAUUUUAUUGGUUUAAAUAUUGAGAACUUAUCAAGAAUAAUUGGAAAUACCAAAAGAUAUAAUCAAAUUCAAACAAAAUAUCUUAGUUCUUGGAAUAUAAGACGAUUUAACUGUGCAUUAGCAAGUAUUCUUUUGGCAAUGUCUGCAAUAUCAAAUUUUUUUUUCUUUGCAGGACAAGAAAUUGGAAAUAUAUAUAUAAAUCGAAUAUUAAAAGAUUCAUGGAGUACUAUAUUGCUUUUACUCUUUUUCCUUUAUUGUUGUUGUCAUGUUUCAAUAGACAUGAAGCUGAUAGGAAUAUAAUGAUGCCUUACUUUAUUAAUAAUAUAUAUCAAGGAAUAAAUACAUAUACAAUAUAUUUUUAGAUGAGAAUAAAUAAGAAGUAAUAUAGAUAACUUUCAAAUCUAAGUAUUUAUGUAAAUGUUUAUAAGAGUUUAUUGAAGAUAAAUAUAAAAGAAGUACAAAAAUAUACUACAUAAUUAUUGUUAUCAUUCAUUGUAUUAACAUGUUUUUAUAAUAUACUUAUUAAGCAUAAUAAAUAUGAAUAAAAACUGACAUAUUAUUGUUUUAUUAUUAUUGCUGUAAUUAUAAGUAAUUUAUAUUGUUUUCUCUUGUUUUCAUUAUAUUAUAUAUUUCUUCUGUUUCUGCUUCCCUGAAGCAUGUAAAUCAUAAGG